AUGGCUCAAGCUUUUGCUAUACAAUAUAUGAUCCCCGAUGUAGCGCAAUACCCACACCUCCGCUUUGACGGCGAUAACGUAUCUGACUGGAUUGAGCAGGUCGAUCGGAUCUUUGAGAGAGCUCGACUCAGUGAUGCUCAAAAGAUUGCCGAAAUCCAGUACUGGACUAAGGACAGGACGCAUCAGAAAAGGGUGGAGUACGCUAUCGAUCAACUUGACAGCUGGAGUACCGCGGUAACGGCUCUGAAAAGUACCUUCGUAAUCGGAGACACUAGACAACUACGAAGUGCACACCAGCGCCUCAAAGACCUCGAGAACCAGCCUCCACUAUCGAAUCCGUCGAAGAUCUAUACGUACUGUCUUGAUCAUGAGAUCCUCGUUAGUGAGACGAAGGGUACUACUCGAGUCCCAAGCGACCUUGACUGCACUCGAGGCCUAUUCGAGAGGAUCCACAGCCACAGCCUUGAAGACAUCAUAAGCAAAGCUGAUAUGACGUACGAAGAGAUCUUCAAGAUGGAGUACUCUCAAGCCCAGAAGUUAGUCCGAGGAUGGGCGAAGACUAAGGUCGAUCUGGAAAACCACAACAAGCGAGCCAAGAGAUAUUUUCCGUCUGAUCAGGGCAAGAAAGGACAAGAGGAAAGCCAGCCAGAUGUGACUGCUCUCACCGAGAGGCUCAGAGCCUUGGAGAUACGGUUAAACCAAGUAGGUCCGUCUGAUCGGAGACACCAGAUGGAAGACAUAAGGACUGCGUACCGGCCACAGCAGCUAUGGGGCUGUCAGCCACUCGUACAGCAGGUCGUACACCAGGCCCAAGGAAAUACGGUCAGGACUCAAGACAGCCCUCGUCAAGACACCUCUCGUCAAGAACAGCUGUACGACUACGAGACCAGACAACACCGUCCGUAA